GUUUCAUUGGUUUCUAACCUUUCAGGCGGGAAUUUAACUGGAGGUUAUAGGUUGUGUAUACACUUUUUUCAUCCAGUUAAACGUCAGCUUUUUACACCCAUAUUAUCUUUCGUACAGUGUUAAAUAGACAUUUAAUUUGGUGUCGGUGUCAGAUACUUUUACUUUCAAAUAACCAUUUGCAACAAUUCGGUACACGCCAAUAAAUUUUUCUCGGUAUAUCCUGCCUUUAAAAUGGUGACAACAAGUUUCAGACAAAUAUCACAUUCAAAUCCUAUAAUAACUACAGCUAUUAUUUUAUGGAUGUGUGUUAUCUUAUAUUUAAGUUUCAAUUUUUUAAAUCUUGAAAGUGAUGAAGAAAAAAAAUCAGCUUGUCAAUCAUUAGUCGAUGUGAUUAAUAGUUUAAAAACACAAGUGAAUACAGGAUCAACAAAUUUUCAAAUAUUUCUUAAAAACUAUUAUGCUCAACAAGAAAACUCAAAUGGGAAAAACGGAACAAGUCCAGGUAUAAGACAUGGUAAAGCUCAUGAAAUUCUGCGUCGUCGUUCAGUAUUUUUUGCUAGAGAAAUCAAGCAUAAUAUAGUUCAGUUAGACAAAGUCAAUGAAGAAAUGAAGAAAUUAGCGCUUCAUUUGUCAUCGUCAUCAUCGAAAUCAUCACAGUUAAAAUCAGUCGAGUCUAUAAAUAAUGCUAAUAAAGCAAUAAAAGAAAUUAAAGAACAACUAUUAGAUAUUUCAUUAUACUUACAAGUUGAUGUCGAUGGAUUGGGACGUGUUGACCAUGCAUUAGAAUUUCAGAUCAUUGGUUUAAAUGACCUAUCAAUGAAAUUAAAAAAUGAAUUUAAUAAAUUACAGAAUCCUGUUGAUUGUAAAAAAGCUAAAUAUGUUAUAGCUACACUUGAUCGACCAUGUGCAUUUGGUUGUAAUGCUCAUCAUUUAAUGUAUUGUUUUCAAAUGGCUUAUGCAACUGGUCGUACAUUAUUAUUAUCUACAUCAGGUUAUUCUGAUACCUACACAAAAUGGUGGAUUGAUAAUUUUCUUCCAUUAUCUGAUAAAUGUACUGUCAAUGAUAUACAAUCGAAAAUUAUUUAUAACUCUAUUAAUGAGAAAGUAUUGGCUACAGAACAAGCUGUCAGUUGCCCGUAUAUAAAUGAUAUCAGUUCUUCAUUCCCAUGGAUACCACCAGCUGUACCAAAUCAUAUAAGUGAAGAAUUAUCACAUUUACACGGUGCACCAUUUAUAUGGUUUGCUGGUCAACUAGCUAGUUAUUUAAUGCGUCCGAAAUUUGAUACAAGCAAAGAAAUGAAAAUAUUUAAUAAUCUUUCUGAAUCACCUGUUGUUGGCAUACAUGUUCGUCGGACUGACAAGAUCAAUACAGAAGCAUCAUUUCACAGUUUAGAGCAAUACAUGAAUGAAGUGGAACGAUAUUUUCAAUUUGUAGACGCCAGACGUCAAAUGAUGUCUAGAACUGAAGAAUGGAUAAAUGAUAUCAUGUCACCAUUUCACCAACGUGUUUAUCAUCAAUUGAAACCGGUUGAACGACGUGUUUACAUUGCUACAGAUGAUCCUAGUGUUUUUGAUGAAGCUAAAUCAAAAUAUAAAAAUUAUACAUUUUAUGGUGAUCGUAGACGUGCAGAUUCAGCUGGUGUGCAUAAACGACAUAGUGAUGAUUCCAUUAUGGGUGUUGUAAUGGAUAUUUUAAUCUUAUCCAAAACUGAUUAUAUUGUGUGCACAUUUUCUUCACAGGUAUGCCGAUUAGCCUAUGAAUUAAUGCAAUCGAAUCAUGUUGAAAUGGGUGAUGCAAGUCAACAGUUUCGUACACUAGAUGAUAUUUACUAUUUCGGUGGACAACAAGCUUCACCUUAUGAAGUAAUUAUACCAGAUAGAAAAUUCAAUUUAAAUCUUGGCGAUUUAGUUCACUAUCAUGGGAAUCAUUGGGACGGUUAUGCUAAAGUUGAAAAAUUAUCUUCGUCAAUGAAAAUGAUUGCACCAGCAUUUAAAUUCUAUCCAAGAUUACUAACUGCUAAUAUGACUGGUGCACAUUAAAUUUAGUGUAUUUUAUAUUUUUUUUCUUUUUUACGAAUGGGGGUAGUCAGUCAGUCUUGUCUGUCUGUCUGCCUGCCUCUCCUAGCCACUGGUAUAUCUCUUCACUUCACCAGUCCGCGCACUAAGUCGAUGAUCAUCACCUUGAAACCUUUAGGUGUUUUCUUACCAACUUACUUACUCUCUUUCUCUCCUUGUUGUUGUGACAAUGUCAAAGUGACACUAAUUUCAUAUUCCACCUUUUUAACCGCACUCUUUCUACGUCUUCAUACUCAACGGGGAAAGUAAAGAGAUGUCCUGUAUCUUCACACCUGCGUCAGUGCAUAAUAUAUAUAUAUAUAUAUAUAUAUAUAUAUAUAUAUAUA